CGAAUGAGGAGGGCUACAUAUACGACCGAGAUAACGACGGGGCGAGACGCCACAUUCCCGCCGGAGCUGGAGAUACACUGAAAACAAGAGUCUAGUCAGAGAGAACAGCAGCAGUAAUGGCUCAAGCGCUUGACAUUGAUCGCUGGAACCUGGAGUGUGAGUUCAACAACACCGACCAUCGUACUGAUCUCAACGGUGUAGAUCGUCUGAUUGUGAGAAGAGGCCAAAAGUUCACGAUCAGCCUCUACCUUCGCUCCGGAAAGUAUCAACCAGGAGUCAGCUCUCUUGACUUUGUUGCAGAAACAGGUCCUCAACCCUCUGAGCAGUAUGGCACCAGGGCCUCCUUUGGUCUGUCUGCCACCAUUGACACUUCCCGCUGGAGUGCUGCUGUCGCCAGUCCCCCUGGGGACACGGUGGCCCUGUCUAUCUGCUCUGCCCCUGACGCACCUAUAGGCCGCUACACCCUGACCCUCGGGCGAUCAGGGCGGAUUGAGUUUAUCCUACUCUUUAACCCGUGGUGCCCAGGUGAUGCAGUAUACAUGGACAAUGAGCAGAGUUUGGAGGAAUACGUCUUGUCUCAGGAUGGAAUCAUCUUUCGAGGCAGCGCCAAAUAUCCCACAGCGACUCCCUGGAACUUCGGCCAGUUUGAAAGUGAAAUCCUUGAUAUCUGUCUGAGGAUUCUCGAUAUGAAUCCUAAAUGUCUGAAAGAUCCCGGCAAAGACUGCUCAGGGAGAAGAAAUCCCAUCUAUGUGUCCAGAGUGCUAAGUGCAAUGGUGAACUGUAAUGACGACAAAGGGGUGUUGCAGGGAAAAUGGUAUGGGGGUUAUGAAGGAGGUGUGAGCCCAUUGUUCUGGAAGGGCAGUGUGGAGAUUCUGCGCAACUGGCAAACACAAAAGUGUCAGCCUGUGUGCUAUGGACAGUGCUGGGUGUUUGCUGCAGUGGCCUGCACAGUUUCCAGAGCCCUUGGCAUUCCAUGCCGAGUCGUCACCAACUACCUUUCAGCCCAUGACACUAACAGCAACCUGGUGAUUGAACGCUACAUCAACGAAAAUGGAGAAUUCACUCAAUCCAGAGAUAUGAUCUGGAAUUACCACUGCUGGGUGGAGAGCUGGAUGACCAGGCCCGACCUUAAAUCUGAUUUUAAUGGCUGGCAGGCCAGUGACCCUACACCUCAGGAGAAAAGUGAAGGAGUGUACUGCUGUGGCCCCAUCCCUGUCAGGGCCAUCAAGGAGGGUGAGCUCACGUUCAAGUAUGAUGCCCCAUUUGUCUUUGCUGAGGUUAAUGCUGACGUUAUCAGCUUCAUGAAGAAAAAAGAUGGCAGCAUAUCAAAAGUCACUAACACUACAAGUGUAGGCCAGAAGAUCAGCACAAAGAGUGUGGGCAGUGAUACCAGAGAGGACAUCACUCACCUCUACAAGUAUCCUGAAGGUUCUGAUGAAGAGCGGGAAGCUUUCAAGAAGGCCAACCACCAAAACAAGCUGCUCCAGGAGAAGAAUCAAGGCCUACACCUCACCAUCAAGGUGACAUCGGAUAUGAGGAAGGGCUGUGACUUCGACGUGUUCGCUGUGGUUACUAACAACACGCAGAGCGUGAAGAUGUGCCGCCUGUUUUUUGGAUCCUGCAUCAUGUCCUACAAUGGGUUUCUUGGAGGGAACUGUGGUUUUAAAGACCUGCUCAAUGUUGAGCUCUCACCAGGAGCAGAGAGGCGAGUACCUCUACAGUUGAGCUACUCUAAGUACGGUGGCCUACUCAAUGAGGACAACUUAAUCCGUCUGGCAGCUCUGUUAGUGGACUAUAGCACAAAAGAGACAACACUUGCAGUGAGAAACAUUGUGCUGGUGAAUCCUGAAAUCAAAGUCCGAAUCCUGGGUGAACCAAAGGAGAAUCGCAAACUGGCAGCAGAGAUCACCCUCCAAAACCCGCUGCCAGAGCCUCUGGAGAACUGCUGCUUCAGCAUUGAGGGGGCUAACCUCACUGGGGGACGCGCAAUCUGUGAGAGGCUGGACUCCUCAGUGGGACCAGGGGAAGAUGCCAAGGUGAAAAUUUACUUCACUCCCACCCAUUCUGGGCUGAGAAAGCUGGUGGUUGACUUCGACAGCAGCAAGCUGCAUCACGUCAAGGGCUACAGAAAUGUCAUUAUUGGAAAAUAGAGCUUUCCAGCCUAUACUGGCCGGUAGACAGCAGUAUUCUUAAACUUUUUAUCAUAAUUGUUUAUUUUUCAGCCAUUUCACAAAGCACCCUCUGUUGCAGUUUUUAAUGAUUAAAAUACUUUUCUAUUCAAAUACUUCAGAAUCUCACUCUAUAUUGCUUAUUAUUACAUGUCUAUCUGUGUUUAUUCAGAGCCACAGAUUUUUAAUUGUGACCUGAGAACGUUUUGCACUUAUAAAGGCCGAUAAAAUACGUGCAUGGAAAAGUUUUAAACGGAAUCUGUACUAUUUCUUCUCACAAUCUGAAGUGAUGAGUAGUAUUUUAGGUACCAUGUACUAAUUUUAUACUUUCUGAGUGCUACAACUGGUCACAUUGUGUUCACACAGUCUUUGAUCCUGUUGGACAAAUGUGUUUGAAAGAAAGCAUGAAUUCAAUGUGUAGAUUUUUUUUUAUUUGCAACAAUCUGUAUUUUUUUUGCACAUUCUACCUACAGCAAAAAAAAUGAAGCCUCUGGACACACAUCAGAUCAUUUAAUAAACCUGUACUGCCAUUGCAAUGCAAGGUGAUUUUUUUUUUUUUUUUUUUUAAGAGUAAACUCCUGUCCUCUACAGUAUAAAUCCUUCACCGCUGAUUAUACUCACUAAUGAGGAACCCGAUGUAGUUUAUACAUUAGUCCUUGUAUUUUCAGUUUUCUGCCAAGUAAAUCAAUAAACCUU